GCUUUGUUUACCGGCAGCGCCUGCGGCGAGGAACUCUCAGUAUCCGUUCCUUGAUCGACGACGGCGCCCGCCAUUGUUUGAAUCCGAGACCCGCUGUCGACCUUGCUCCACUUCGAACCCUAGCCGAUUAAUCUCGAUCCCGAUGGAGAAAUCCGUGGCGGAAUCAGGAGCUGAUUCGAACGUCUUCAUGGACAAGAUGGUUCAGCCAUCUCAUGAACCGAGCUCAUGCAAGAAGCGACGUCUUUGCAAUUGUGAUUGGGUGAGUGGGCUGCCCGACGAAAUCCUGGUCAGCAUCCUAGACAAGAUGGAUUCCAAGACAGCAGUUAGCACAAGUAUCCUCUCACGGCGAUGGAGGCACUUAUGGAGGUUCCUGCAAUCCUUUUAUUUCAGCGAGCCGAUCUUGCCAGACAACUAUUGUCGGGUACGCAUCGAACAAAUGGUGAGAUGCUCAAACGAAAAUAGGAACCAACACUUUGUUGAGUCAAUGCGAUGGUUUUCUAGGCUCAAGAGAGAGACACCAUUGAGAAGACUGAACCUAAUGUUCUCAGGAAGUACCGAAUGUACUGAAGUUGUCAACAGCGCCAUAGCUUCUGCAGUUGACCAUGGUAUCGAGGAGGUUGACAUGGCAGUUAUCGAGAACACGAUGUACGAGUUCCCUUGGUGGCUGUUCAGCAGUGGCAGCAACCCGUCGCUGACGACCUUAUGCUUGAGUUUUUGCAAGCUUUCUGUACCCCUCAAGUUUGGAGGGUUCAGUUCCCUCACGAAGCUUGCUCUUAUCCGUAUGCGUAUGAGCCUAAAAGAGACACACCUUGUCCUCAGGUGCUGUAGAAACUUAGUGACUUUGCACCUGAUUGACGUGCUUGCUGUCAGAAUCAUCCAGUUGCCAAAGCUUAAGGAAUUGAUAUUGUUAUGGUCUUUACGAUUGGGUGAAUACAGGAUUGAUACACCAGCCUUGCAAAGACUGGAGUACUGUGGAGAGAUGCUCCCGGCAUCUACGUUUCAGUCUAUGCCAAGCCUUGAACAUGUUUCUCUGCAGUGCAUGUUUGACGAUUAUCAUGAAUGCCAUGCUGAAAGGUUAGAGAAUAUCUCUACUUGCUUUCCUUAUGUCAGAAGCCUACUCCUGCGGUAUGAGAUCCCAAAGGUUGUCAAACCGAGAACACCUGCUGUUUUCUUAAGCCUCAAAGUCCUCACUUUAAAAAUCACUACAAAACCUUCUGAUAAUCUUCUUUGGAUGGCUAUGUUCCUAAAUGCUGCACCAUAUAUGGAGACAUUGAGAACUACCAUACGCUAUUUAUCACACCUCGAUUCUCAUAAUGGGGUAGUAUGGGAUGAUGUCGACUUCCAGCACGACAGUCUGAAGAAUGUAGAGAUGUAUAACUUCAUGGGAAGGGAUAAUGAGAUAGGCUUGGCGAGACUGCUGUUAGAUAGAGCUCCUAAUCUAAGAUGCAUAUCCUUCAACCAAGCUCCUCUGAAGGAGGAAGGUGAUGAUCACCAGUUGGUGCCCCCGACCUGGCCUGGAGCUGAAACUUUUGUCCCAAGAGAUGGCCAAUUCGUUCUCUCUAAGUUAUUUGAGAAUGUUUCUUCCAGUUCCCGUGUGGUAUUCAUCUAAUAAGGUACAUUUCAGACUCCAUAUUAUUAUGCAAUCAAUGUAUGACAUGUGACAUUGCAUAAUUGUAAGUAACAAGGUUUCAAUAAAUAAUUUUGUGGCAGUGCUGCUCUAA